CCAACACCAACAACUCCCCCACCUUAUCAACCCCUCCUCUCUUCCUAAAUAAACAAACAACCAAACAAAUACUGAAAAAAAAUGUCCACAUCCAACACUCCUCCCUUCCAAUUCCCACCAACCUACUCCUUCCCCCCAUUCUUCACCCCCCAACCAAACAGCACAACGCGACUCUCUCAACUCCAAAAAUGGUCCUCAUUAAUCCAAUCCUGGUGUCGCCACCACCGAACCUACCGUCUAUCCCUAAUCGAAGCCGUUGAGUCACCGCUUUUCCAUAACGCCGCGCUGCGGAAAGGGAUCCCGCUGUCCGAGGCGCGGAAUAUCCUGGACUGGAUGGCGGAGAGCGAAGAGAAGGGGGGAGGGGGUAGGAGGGCUGAGUGGAUGGAUGGGGCGAAUAAAACGGUUGCGUGGAUUUGGUGGAGGAGACCUGAGGAGUGGGCGGGGAUACUCGCGGAUUGGAUUGAAAAUACGGGGCAGAAGAAUGUGGUGUUGACGGUUUAUGAGUUGGUGGAAGGGGAGGCGACGAUGUCUCAAGAAUGGCAUGGGAUGGAUGUAGACGUUAUGAUGAAGUCGCUGAAUGUCCUUGUGAAACGAGGCAAGGCCCAGGUUUUUGGAAACGAGGGCCAGGAAGGUGUGAAGUUCUUCUGACGAAAGCAUUUAUCUAACGCAGGAGUUGAGUCCAUGGCUAUUCAUUAAAUCGCUCGGAGGCGACAAGUAACUUCUACAUGAUAAGAUCCAGAAUAUACACAGAUGAAUCAUCUCGCAGGUCAAGAACCCCGAGAGGCCCAGAAAUAUGCCUGGCCAAAGCAGAUGCAAAAUCGGGCUACUACAACCU